GGAGGGGAGAAGAAGCGGGCGGAGCUUCAGGCGGGGCGGUUCCUGCCGGUCCCUCGGCCGCCGCGGGCCCCAGCUCACCUCUGGUCCAGGGACAUGACGGGCACGCCUGGCACCGCGGCCACCCGGGAUGGCGAGGCCCUCGAGCGCUCCCCACCCUGCGGGCCGAGCCACGAUCUCACGGGCAAGGUGAUGCUUCUGGGAGACUCAGGCGUCGGCAAAACCUGUUUCCUCAUCCGAUUCAGAGACGGGGCCUUCCUGUCCGGGACCUUCAUAGCCACCGUCGGCAUAGACUUCAGGAACAAGGUGGUGACCGUGGAUGGUGUGAGGGUGAAGCUGCAGAUCUGGGACACCGCAGGUCAGGAGCGGUUCCGCAGCGUCACCCACGCUUACUACCGAGACGCCCAGGCCUUGCUCCUGUUGUACGACAUCACCAACAAAUCUUCCUUCGACAACAUCCGGGCCUGGCUCACUGAGAUUCACGAGUACGCCCAGAGGGAUGUGGUGAUCAUGCUUCUGGGCAACAAGGCAGAUGUGAGCAGUGAAAGGGUGAUCCGCUCAGAGGACGGAGAGAUGCUGGCCAGGGAAUAUGGAGUUCCCUUCAUGGAGACCAGCGCCAAGACGGGCAUGAAUGUGGAGCUAGCCUUUCUGGCCAUUGCCAAGGAGCUGAAAUACAGAGCCGGGCAGCAGGCGGAUGAGCCCAGCUUCCAGAUCCGAGACUACGUGGAGUCCCAGAAGAAGCGGCCCAGCUGCUGCUCCUUCCUGUGAAUCCCGAGGGUCUGAAAGGAAGCUCCUGCGCCCCCAGACCUGGCUUCUUCUGAGCGGCUGAGCCAGCGGGGAAAGAGUUGGGGGACCCACUGCACAGCCCCUCCAGACUCCUGCCCCUCCCCUAGCUCCUGGAGCUUCCCUGCAUCCGCAGGGGAGGGCAAAAUAUUUAUCUUUCAUUUUAAUGACACAUAACUUAAUCAAAAGGGCAUCAGAAAAACCAAGCCAGAGAGCUGGUGGUGGUCCUUUGGCCUUCUAGUACUAGCACUUAGGGGCCUGGGCCUCCCUCCUGACCACCAGGAGGGUGGUACUGCUCCAGCUGAGCACCAGGGGGCACUGAUGCACUUCUGGGGCAUAAAGGGAAAUAGUGACACCCCCCACCCCCACACCCCAAUCCUUCAGCUGGCAAGAGGCUGAGCAAACCCAGGCCUUCAUUUCCUCCAGCUCCCCAGAGAGCAAUCUUCCCCAAUAAAACAGAGCCCUUGUGCUGGGAGUCAGACCAAAGCCUCUGGGAGAUAAGAGACGUGGGGAUUAGGCAAGAGACCUGGCUCCCUAUGGGGAGAUAGGAGAGGAGUAGCAAAGAUUAGGUCUAUCUGUUUGGCUACCUCUGGGCUUACUGGCCCCCCUUCUGGGAGGUGUACCCCUUUUCCUCCAGCCCACAAACACAUGAAGGCACCUGGAAACACCUGGUUCCUGUUCUCUGAUCCUCAGAUCCCAGAGGAGCCCCUCCUGCCUGAAUCCCUGGCCUUAUCUUUCUACCUUUCCAUCUAUGUCUCCAGACACCUAAGGUUAUAGACAGGAAAAGGUUAUUCUGGUCCCAACUCUUUGGCAGGUAUGCAGCCCACAGGCUACUUCUUCGAGCAGCUCUAGUGCUUCUACUGGACAAAAGAGCCCAAUAAAGAGAAAGCAGAGAAAACCCUGAUCCUGGCGUAGGCAGGAGGCAGAAGUGAGCAAACCUCACGCCAUUGUGUAACCCCCAAACCCAAGUGCCGCCUCCUCCCUGACCUCCUUCAUUCCUUUUCUCUCAGACAGACAGACAGACCCACGGACCUUAGAGCCCAAACUGCUUUAUCUCCCUUCUAACUGAGCCAGCUUAGGGAGUAAGAGGUCCUCCAUUUCCGGGUAAAUCAACGCAUUGUAUGCAAAACAAGGUCUGGCUAGUAAGAUCUGGGUGGGGAGAGGGGCUGCAAGGAGUUUCUGUGGCGCCAAGGUCACAGGCCUCCCCAAGCCCUGACCCCAACCCUGGGACGAGGUCAGGAGCUGUGCAGAUUAUGACCUAGAGACACCUUUACUCCGGCUCUGUACACCAGGGGCUGGGAGAGGGGUGUGUAAGGUACGUAUUGCCCAUUUCUCAGGCUGCUGCAUUUGCUUUCAAAGCAGAAAUCUUGCUCUUUGAGCAAAGUCAGCAGCUCCAACUCAGGCCGAUAAGGAAGCUCUCCAGGCGGAGCAGGGAGGAGCCUGACCUUGCAGGGUUCUUCUGGGGCCCAAGGCAGGUUGCAGGGAUCCAGUCACAUGGGCUGCUCUGGGCCUCUAGCAUUUGUGUUUUCCAGCAUUAAAUGGCAUUAUUUUGUGGAAAGUA